CGGAGGCGGCAGCGAUGGGAUGAACAAACGUUGAGAUCGGGCGGCUCGAGGGAGUAGAGGUGGUUAAUACUAAAGAAACGCCGAUGAUCUCCUUUGGUGGAAGACUUUUUUAUUUCGUGCUUUGACUCGAGCUUGUCCUUCCUUUGUUCAGUCCCAAAUCCGUGUCUCUCUCUUUGACAGGUUUGCUGAUUUUCAUUCGUUUCCAUCUACUUCUCUUCUUCUUCGCCAAAGGCCGAUUCAAGAUGCUUCCUACUACUUCUCUCCUGCUUGCCGGUGCUGGCAUCGCCAACGCAUACACCAUUGCUGUGGCCGAGCCCUUCAUGCGCAAGAACAUCGAUCCCGUCGUCAUUCCGGGCCAGUACAAGAGCCACAUGCACACCUUCUUUGGCUCAGACGCCGUCACUCUCAACACGAACACCUCUGCCGAGCUCCAGGCAGGUUGCUCAACUGCCGAGAACCCCAAUGACUAUUCUUCUUACUGGGUCCCAACUCUGUAUGUCAAAAAUGACACCGGCAUGACUCCCGUCCCCUUCUCCCGCUUCAGCGCCUACUAUGUCGCCAUCGAAAGCGCCGAGGUCGCCAUCCCCCAAAACUACAAAACCGUCGCCGGAAAUUCCAAGGGCACAACACAAGCCGACGUCGAGGACCUCGCCGGCAUUCAAUGGUUCUGCGAAGGCGACCCCGCCGAAGAGGGCAAAGACGUCGCGGCCUGGCCGACAAAGACGUGCUCCACGCACUUGCAGACCCUCCUUCUCUUCCACGACUGCGUCAACGAGCAGACGCUCGAGUCGGCCUACUCAGGCACCCAGAACUGGAAGGACGGCUUCAAGCCCGCGAACCGGUGCCCCGAGGGCAUGAAGCGCCAGCCGCAGCUUCGGUUCUCGAUCCGCUACGAUCUCCGCAAGGUGCUUCCUGACGGAUGGAAUGGCACGCCGCCUUUUGAGCUUGCGUGCGGUAACUCAUUUUGCUCGCACGGUGACUUUAUCAAUGGGUGGUUGCCCGAGGCUGCUACCAACAUGCUCAAGGCGAACAGCAAGCGCGAGUUUGCUGGUGUCGAUGGACCUGACGGGAAAUACAAUGCUGGUUCCAAGUGUGGCGCCGAGAACGCGAAGGACGCCGAUCCCAACAAAGGGACCUCCGACUACGACGAGAGCGUCAAGAUGAUGAGCGCUAAGCGCAGCAUUGGCCAGCGCUCCCAGUCUCGUCGUGCCUAAGAAAGAUGCCAUGUCCUCAUUACUUAGGUAGACUAUGACAAGUCACAAAACCUGGGCCCCUCGGUGGCAUUGCUGUCCAUCGUUUUGAAGGGGAACAUGAUAUGUCCAAAAGUCGUUCUUACUCUCGUGUACAAUAUUGAGCUUCAUGUACAUAUACUAGGUUAUACAUGUUGAGUGCGGAUGGAUGAUGAUGAAGAGAGACCUUGGUUUGAAGUACUAGUAAUGAUGACCAAAAAGACACGUCGAGUCAUUUCUACGACAGUGACUUGUAUUGAUAUCAUCGACUUUCUCUUGGAGCAUUCAGGCUGUGCAACGUCGGAUUUGCGGUGGAACAAUC